AUGGGAUAUUCGAUAGCAGCUUUGUGCGUGCUGGUACUGCUACAGUACACCGCGGCGGAACCACGUCCCGAGUUUGCACUCGGCGUAACCGUGCAGGGGUCCAGCAGGGUCGGGAUCGCCGCGAACGAUGCGAAAACCUUCAUUGCUGGUGUGAAAAAGUCCGCCGUAGACUAUGUCGUUCGGUCGGAGUUACCGCUACUUCCCAGUGUGCUGACGGUCGUGAAGGAUGUGGCGACCCAGUUCCAAACAUUGGCAACUGCGCUCGUCACCAGCAUCACUACCCUUGCGAGCGAUUCCAGCGGCAACGUCGAUACCGUGUUCGGCGCGGCAAUUGAUGCGGUCGAUAAUACGAUUACAUUUGCAGACGUAACGUUACCGGGGCUGACUAACCCGCUCGUACAGCUGAUCGGGAAGCCACUGGUCGAAAAAUUCCAGGACAGUUUACAGCACAUCAGCAAAGCACUGGUGCCGAUGAAAUCGCGCCUCAAGGAUCUCAAAACUGGUGCUCAGAAUGCGGUUAUUGAGGCUGGUAGUACCACCAAUAUAGCGACGGACAUCAUCGUCAAGAAUCUUAAGCGUUCGGUAGUAGCGCAGCUCGUUUACGCGCUUCAGCUGCUACGCGCUACUGUCCCAGUGCUGAAGUACACCGUUGACAGUACGGUUGAGGAUAUCGCCAUUGCCGACCAGUACAUGCUGGAUCUUUCCGCCAAGGUGGACAGUACCAUUGGCGAAAAGUCGAGUGUCGCCGCUAGUCUGGACGAGAUUAUUGCGUCGAUCGAUAAAACCAUCACCGACACGAUGAAGGCCAUCGGUACCGAUCUGGGAAAACUGAGCGGGAGUUAUGCCACCCUUAUUAACCUCGGCACCGCUGCCAGCGCGGGCAAGUUAGCAUCGACACUGGCCAAGUUUUCCGCCAACUUAGUCGCACUCGGUUCCAAAGAUCCCACCAUCAUAACCAUAUUGAACAGCAUGAAGGAUGCGGUGCUCGACGUGUACGAUGUUACCGCACCGCUGUUCUACAUCUACGACAGCUAUCUGGUGAACGCGCUGAUAACAACGCUCGUCGCAAACGGCAACUACUCGCAGUACUGCUUCUACAAGUACAAGGACUAUCUGUUCGCCAUGCUGGAAACAAUCGCGAUCGAAGCAGGCGAAUGUGUCGACAAGGAGGUGAUACGGCUGGAAUACUUCCGCAAAACGAUCGAACUGAUGCUGGAGCUGCUGUUUUUCGACUUUGAAGACAUCUCCGGUGAUUUGGUGACGUGCAAUAAAAUUGUUGAUACGGCCAACUUGGAAGAGUGUGUCGCUUCGAUGGCAGCGAUCUACACAAAGCUGGAGUCAGCAUUUGGCGAAAUGUUUGCGCUCGGGUACGAUGUCGUUAGCCACGAGAUUAAGGCCACCAACAACAGGUUGAAGAUUUGCAUGCGUUUGUCUCAGUCUUCGCUCGGAAACACGGAAAUUCCAAUGCUGAUGGCAAAGAUUGCCGACUGUGACGAAUUCGGCCCAUUGCAACAGAACGAUUAA